GGAGGGAGAGAAAGGGAGAGAAAUAUUCCAUGGAGGAGGCUGUAAAUUCAGGAUCUCAAAGCAUCCUUCCUGUUUUUUGCAGCAGAAUGAAGCUUAUUGUGGACUACGCUUUGUGUUGUCAUUGAGCUGCCUUCCUGCGUCAAGAAUGGAGGUGUGUGCGAGAGUUGGGCUUGUUGGCACGGCAGCCUCAUAUGACCAGCUGGUCCGCCAGGUGGAAGACUUGAAGAAGGAGAAUUCUCACCUCAGGAGGGAGCUGCAGGAUAACAGCAGCCAACUGAGCCGGCUUGAACAUGACACAUCUGAUAUGAAGGAGGUUUUGAAACAUCUUCAAGACAAACUUGAACAAGAUGUUGGUGGGUCAUCAUGUCAGCCUGAAAUGUUUGACCAAAUAAAAGUUCUGCAGGGUGAUAUGCCUGGCCUGUACAACCAGUAUUCAUCUCCUGCCCUUGGUUCAGAUGUUUCUGAGAUAAUGGGUUGUCCAUCCGGAGCAGCCCCACUGCAGUCAGAGACCCCGCAGAAGAGAGGAAGGGAGGAGGCCAGAUCGACUGGGCAACUUAAAAUAGAAUUGGACAAGGAAAGGGCACUGUUGUUGGCGGAGAUUGAAAAGGAGGAGAAGGAGAAACUCUGGUACUACUCACAACUUCAGAGUCUGUCCAAGCGUCUGAAGGAGCUGCCACAUGUCGAGACUUUCUCUCUGCAGAUUGAUCUUAUACGGCAGCAGCUAGAGUUUGAAUCUGAACACUUGAGCUGUGUGUUGGAGGAGAGAUUUGGGACAGCAGAUGAGAUGGUGCAGAGAGCACAGAUUCGAGCCUCUCGUUUGGAGCAGAUCGAACAGCAGCUGGAAGAAGUAAAGAGAGUAGAGAGCAAGGAUCAUCAGGUCCAAGAGAUAAUUGAAAGUCUUGAGCCCACAGACAAGGUUAAUGCUCCGAACAUUCCCCAGCCUGAAGACAGCUCAGCACAGCCAGAAAAUAAGGCGGAGGUUGUGUUCUGGCUUUUGUCCAUGUUGGCCACACGUGACAAGGAUGACAUGUCACGCACUUUGCUUGCCAUGUCCAGUUCUCAAGAAAGUUGUCAGGCAAUGCGGAGGUCUGGUUGCUUACCCCUACUGCUCCAGAUACUACAUGAAGCAGAACGAGAUGUGCAGCCUCAGGAGUCCCAGAAACUCAAAGAUGCCAGAAUGCGAGCAAAUGCUGCACUGCACAAUGUUAUCUUCUCACAACCAGAUGAAGGACAAGCCAAAAAGGAGAUGAGAGUUCUUCACAUCCUGGAGCAAAUCCGAUCUUACACGGAAACCUGCUGGGAAUGGAUGCUAGGACAUGAACAAAGUGGGGAUGCACAAGAGGGCAGCCCAGCUCCAGUCCCUGUUGAACCACAGAUUUGUCAGGCAAGCUGUGCUGUUAUGAAGCUAUCAUUUGAUGAGGAAUAUCGCAGAGCAAUGAAUGAACUGGGUGCCCUUCACGCUAUAGCAGAGCUCCUAGAGGUGGAUUAUCAGAUGCACAAGAUGACUAGUGAUCCCCUCAGCUUGGCACUAAGACGCUAUGCAGGAAUGGCUCUCACCAAUCUGACCUUUGGAGAUGUGGUUAACAAGGCUACACUUUGUUCCAGACGUGGUUGUAUGCAGGCAAUUGUGGCUCACCUUGCCUCUGAGAGUGAAGAACUUCACCAGGUUGCAUCAAGCAUUUUGAGAAAUCUAUCCUGGCGAGCAGACAUGAACAGCAAGAAGAUUUUGCGAGAAGUUGGCAGUGUAAUCAGUCUGAUGCAGUGUGCCCUGCGGGCCACAAAGGAGUCAACACUCAAAAGUGUGCUCAGUGCCCUGUGGAACUUGUCUGCUCACAGCACCGAGAACAAGGCAUCUGUCUGCUCUGUGGAGGGAUCUCUGGGCUUCCUGGUGAGCACUCUCACCUACAAGUGUCAAAGCAACUCCCUGUCCAUCAUAGAGAGUGGCGGAGGCAUCUUACGAAAUGUGUCCAGUCUCAUUGCUACCCGUGAUGACUACAGAAAGAUUCUCCGUGAUCACAACUGCCUCCAGACUUUGUUGCAGCACCUUAAAUCACACAGCCUGACCAUCGUCAGCAACGCAUGUGGGACACUGUGGAAUCUUUCUGCUCGGUGUCCACAAGACCAAGAACUACUUUGGGAUUUAGGAGCCGUCAGCAUGCUGCGCAACCUUAUUCACUCCAAGCAUAAAAUGAUUGCAAUGGGCAGUGCAGCUGCUCUAAGAAACUUGCUUGCUCACAGGCCUCUAAAAUACAAGGAUGCUUCUGUCAUCUCACCAGGAUCCUGUAUGCCCUCUCUUUAUAUGAGAAAGCAAAAGGCACUGGAAGCUGAGCUGGAUGCUAAACAUCUUGCAGAAACUUUUGACUCCAUGGAUAAACAAGGACUUAAAUCUCAGCCUAUGAAGGGCCCAUUAAGGCACAUGGAGAGCCUGGUAAAAGAUUAUGCCUCUGACUCAGGGUGUUUUGAUGAUGAUGACAUCCCAAACACAUCUGGCAGUGCAGAAACUGGGAACUCCUCAAUUCUGUCCAUGUACCUAAACUCCUCCUUUAACCAAGGGCAACCUAUGCCAUGUGCUGGGUCAAUAAAGAGAGGGCCAGAAGCGGAAAAACCUGACAGCAAUAUACGUGAAUUGAAGAAACCACAUGGUGAGGUUUCAGUAACACCUGACAAAAUGGUCAAUAAGAUAACUUGUACAGUGGCCAAAAUAGACAGACUGGUAGAAGACAUUUCCAUCAUGCAUACAUCCUCAGAUGACAGCUUUAGUUUAAGCUCUGAAGACCACUGCAUUGAUUGGCCUUAUGGCUCAGAUGAGCUUCAUGAGGCCAGAGCUCAGUCCUGUUCUCCUUGUAGACUUUCUGACAAUAGUGGCAUAAUGAGGAGAGAUAACCUAAGUAGAGCUCAAGCACUUCUGCGUCUAAAAACUGCCUACACCAGUCUCUCCAAUGACAGUUUAAACAGUGGGAGCACAAGUGAUGGAUACUGCCCAAGGGAGCACAUGAAACCCUGUAGCAGGCCUGCCAUCAUGGAUUACAAAGAAGAACUACAAAGGUAUCAAAAACGUCCGAGUCGUUUGGAUCUAAAGAGUGUGUUGGUUAAGCCAGAGCAAAGUAAUUCAGCUGAGGGUCAGCUGGAGGAGAUAAUUCAUAAAGAAGAUUCAAGAGAAACUCACAACUCACUGAAAAGAAAUUUAACGUUUCUUAGCUUGAAGAACACAGAUGGUGUGGUACACAACAAAGACCAUACAAUGGUAAAUUCUAGCAGUAAAAUUCCAACAGACUCAUUGGUGCAUACCAUAAAGUUGUCUCCAUCUUACAAGCACAUCUCGGGCACUGAAAGCAUUGCGAAAAAAAGUACAGGGUUCCCUGGAAACAUUUUUCAAAAUGCUUUGUCUGGUAAAAAAAAUGCAUGGCUGGGGUCAUUACAGACAGACACCUUCAUAAAAACGUCAGAAAAGACCUCUGUCUACUCUUCUUCAGCAGGGGAGCAAGAAUCACUACAAAAAUAUGAAGUUGAGGGCACCCCAAUUUGUUUUUCUCGGUGCAGUUCUCUCUCUUCACUAUCUUCUGGUGACAAUCUAUUAGAUGGGCAAAGCCGUAGUGAGAAUGAGUUGGACAGUGACUCCUCUCUGGAGAUUUUGGAAGUGGAUGAGGGUAACCCAGACCACAAUACGAGUAAACAAGGGAGAGAGGAUGCAUCAGACAGAAAUUACCAAAAGGAUGAUGUUUCACCCAGUGCCAGUUUGCCUAUUGCAAUCCCUCUGCCAAAAUCAGAGAAACUCUUCCUCCGGGAUGUUUCACCUUCUAGACAUGACGAUAUGACCCCAUCCAGCUCUUCUGAAAACUAUAUUCAGGAAACACCUUUGGUAAUGAGCCGAUGCAGUUCUGUCAGCUCCCUUGGGAGUUUUGAAAGCCAUUCCAUUGCCAGUUCAAUUCAGAGUGACCCAUGUAGUGAAAUGAUCAGUGGAACCAUAAGCCCCAGUGAGCUACCAGACAGCCCUGGACAGACCAUGCCACCAAGCAGGAGCAAAACCCCAAAUUGUGAUCCUGGUGGCUUCUUAGAAAAGGAGACCAAUCAAUUCAACAUUCAGUGGGAAAAUAAUGUAAAGAAGUUCAUGGAAAUAACAGAUUUCAAGGAGAGGUUCCAGAUUCCCAAAGACAUUGACUCCAUGAUUUACUUUACAGUGGAGAAUCCUACAGAGAAUUUCUCAUGUGCAUCUAGUCUGAGUGCAUUGCCCUUGCAUGAGCAUUAUAUUCAAAAGGAUGUGGAGCUUAAACUUAUUCCUCCUUUUCCUGAGAAGAACUGUUUAAAUUUUGUAGCACAUGAGAAAAGUGGAGAGAGUCGUGAGGAAAGACUCUUAGGGAUGAUGAAGAAAUCUGAGCUUGAGCUUGUUUCAGAUGAUGACAUUGAUAUUCUUAAAGAGUGUAUUAACUCAGCCAUGCCUUCCAGACUCUGUAAAGUCAGUACCCCAGUCUUUAAUAGACAGGCCAAAAAGUCAAUGCAGGUCCCGGUAUACAUGCUGGUUCCAGCACAUACACAACUUCAUGCAUCCAAGAAUUUCCAUUUGAAAAGGGACUUACUUAAGGACGACUCAUCUUUCACUGACUCAGCUGAAGGGACCCCUGUGAACUUCUCAAGCGCUGCUUCACUAAGUGAUGAAACUUUGCAGUAUUCAUUGAAAGAUGAUCAAGAGCCAAGGGAUAGGUCAAGGAGCCGAACAGAGAGUAGAGAGUAUGGGACCAUGCUAGGCACUCCUGAACAAGUAGAAGGACUUGGGGUAUAUUCAGUUGGAAAUGUAGCAACCACUGAGGAGAAUAAGAUGAAAUGUAUUUAUGUGAAUUCAAAGAUUACUAGAAAAGGUAACACUAUGAACCAAGUGCUUCCUGUAAAAGCGCACCGCACAGAUGAUAAGAUAAGAAGUCUCGAUUCAAGUAAAAAAGUAACUGCAAACAGUAAACAGGGGAUUUGUUCUGCUAUUCACCCAACAAGGCACGAUGUAAGGCAAAGUGAGUAUGUUCAUGGGAACUUAGCUUUCCAGUCAUUCUGUCACACAACACCCACUGAGGAGGAAGUGUACUGUUUCUACGAAGACGAUGCAGACACAACAAAUUUAAGCAAAGACUCUCCAAAAAAGAAGGUGGAACAAUCUACUUGCAAAGGUCAGUACUUUGGAACUAAAACCAGAGAGACCACUUUAAUCAUCAAACCUGGUCCUCCUCCAACUAGAUUUCAGAAUAUGAUAGAAGAUGAGCCUAUGCCCUGCUACUCACUCAGCUCAUCCAUGAGCUCUCUUAGUGACCUGGAACCUGUUUAUACACAGGAAAAAGCAAACAAUUCUAGCAGACAUGCACCUAAGCCACAAUGCCGAGUUGCAAGCAGUCGAAUAGGAAACAGGGAAGCAUCUGCUAGCCAUACAUCAGAAGAAGACAACUGCACAAACUCAGCAGUGGCCAGGAAGAGAAAACUUUCAGCUCGCAAGAGGAAGCACAAGCUCAGGAAUGCUGAUAAAGGGGAAACACAGAAUAACUCAAAAGAACAAAGGGCACAAGAUGUAGGGGACUUGUCUGAUCUAGACAGUGUGGACUGGGAAGCUAUCAGAGAAGGUGCUAACUCGAUUGUCAGUUGGAUACACCAAGCUUCAGCUUCUAUUUCCAGAGACUCCUCAACCAUCUCCAGAGGCCCAUCAUCUGAUUCUUUGAUGUCUAGUCCUUCAGUCUCCACUCGGCAUCCUUUACAACCACGCAGCAGACAAACUAGGGAAUUGGCUUUACGUUCAAGGUUGCAGCGCUCUAAUCAAGUCCCAGUUGAUAGUGGUAAUGAGGUAACCAAAUCUGCUAGGGGUAAUACAGCAGUUACCCCAAACCACAAGCAGGGUCAUAUCCCUAUGGUCUUUCGAGGAAGAACUGUGAUCUACAUGCCCACUCAGGACAAAAAUCCUGCCAACAAACAACCUUCAAAUCAACCUGUUCAGGAUGUCAUAAAGGUCCCUAACACUGUGCGCUCUCGCAGCCUUCAUCGUCUAGGCAAAUCUUCAGACCUUGGAACAGAGCUCACUUUACCCAAAAGAAGUGCAACCCCUCCAGCCCGUAUAAGUUCUGCUCCCUCAGCUGGUUCUUCACAAAACUCAACACCAUCACGCAAACCACAGGACCCAGUAAAUCCACCAUCACCAAAGUCAAAGGCUACAAGGAACACACAGGCGUCUCCUGGUAAUAAAACUCAGAAGUCUCCUGUGCGCAUACCCUACAUGAAAAAGCCAAGUCCACGAGGCACACCUGCCCCUUCUCCACUUGCCAUGGAAUCUGUCAGCCCUCGACAGAGCCCUAUCAAAAAACCUGGUCUCCAUAAUAGUCGAUUCAACCAGGUUCGGAACAGUGAGUCUGGGAAAACCGGAUUCCUCCGACAAUUAACUUUCAUCAAAGAAACAAAAGGAAGCAUUAGAAGGCAGCACUCAGACUUGUCCCUUUCCCAGCGUCAGCACGGUGUUCCCCCUCGAAGUAGCGCAGCUCUGCCUGCAGUUUUUCUCUGUUCUUCACGUUGUGAGGAACUCAAAGUGCACAAAUCUUCUAAAGCCAAUGGUCCUCCAUCUCCAAGUCGACCACCACGAAGGACAAGUUCUGAGAGUCCAUCCCGCCUUCCUGUCCGAAAUAUGCCAUCUGCACCAGAACCUUUCAAGAGACAUUCUUCUUCUCCUCACAUCAAUCUUCCUGGGCCACGUGGGGAAAGCAGGACAAGUCAAUGCCUUUCAAAGUGUGAAGGCACAAGAGUUACAAGACUUGAUAGCUCAGGUAAAGCAACCUGGCGAAGGAUUCGUGAUGAAGAUAUUCCACAUAUUCUUCGAAGCACCUUGCCUGCUUGUGCUCUGCCAUUAGCAGAAGAGUCCAUUGAACCGCGAAGGAAAACAAGUGAUGCUGUAGUUCAGACAGAAGACUUCAUCAUCACAAAGACGAAUUCCAGCACAUCACCCACGCUGGAAAACAAUCCCAUGGGUGUUAGAAAUAGGCCAGGUGUGGCUUCAGCAGUACCAGAGCUGGGUAAAGCAGCUCUUGCUGUUGUGAAUUUACCCACCAGUAGACAUAGUUCUCCAAGCAAGGCUGCUCGAAUCACUCCAUUUAACUAUGUUCCUAGUCCAAUUAUCACAGUCACAGAGGAAGCAGCAGGUAAGGUAACCACUGAGUGAUUAAUUGGAUAUAUGGAACUUGGUUUGUGGAUAUACCCCAAAAGUUCUGGUUCUGAUGCAAAAGUCCUAUAUUUCUGGAUUUGAUCCAUCUGGACCUGACUUGGUUCUUACUCACAAAUCAUGUGCACCUUUGAACGAAGACUUUUCCACAGCUGAUGUCACUUCCCAGAAGUGGCUGAAUCAUGGAUUUUCCAUGCAGAUGAUAUUCGCACUUUAUGGUGAUGACAAGGUUGACAAAGAAUCUGCAAAAUGUUGAGAAAGAUUGACAUUACCCAGUGACAUACAUUUUGAAGAUUGUGAGGGAUAUUUUUGAGGUCAUUAUUUAAAAAAAAAAAAGAUUUAUGCCCUCACAUGCAAAUUCGUACCGGAGCUCAGGUUGUCAUACUGAACAAAAUACAAUAUGGCACAUUUUCCUCAGAGCCUAUAACUGAGUUGUUGAGGAUACUGCACAGACUUUAAUUCCCAGUGUACAAUCACAAUUAACAGCUUAUAUUGAACUCUUAAAAUGCUUUAAGCAAUGCCUUAAUUAGGGUAUAUGCUGCAUGCAUUCUACACAUCCUGUCUGCCCUAUCUUAAUGUAACCACAGCACAGCA